ACUCAAGGACUCAGUAGCCUGAGAGCUGCAUUGCGAUUCAGAAGAUGGAGAAUUUUCUCUCUCUGAUGAAUAGCAUUAUCGAUUCAUGGAUGAGCAACAGCUCCAUGGACAUAGCAAUGGACAUGACCAUUGGCUUUAUGUGUGGAGUUGGGCUCUUUUUCCUACUUAUCCCCUUCCUGAAGGAGUACCCAGUGUCACCAGCAUCUGAGAAUGAAUGGAGCAAACCACAGGAUGUGAAGAGGUGGCAGAAGAAGACCAGUAAGAAAACAGCUACUGGAAAAGGUUGUACAGAUGGAGGAAAAAAUGCAGAAGAGACCAAGACACCAUCACAACCUAUGGAAAUCCCCAACAAGCAACGUUACAAAAAUCUUAGUCGAUUUUUCUGGGGUACAUACUCUAUUAACUCUGAAUCAGUUGUGGCUACUGUCCAUGAGCUCAGAAGCCCUUCCUUGGGAAAAUGUAAAUCUGUGAGGUUUAGUGAUGACAGUGGCCCUGACAAAGCUCCAUCCAAGGCUAAAGGACUUCCACAGCAUUCCCAGCAUCAGCCAUUACCUCACCACCGUGUGAUACCAAACUUGGUAGAUGAGAAACAAGUCCAAGAAAAGAAAAUCCUCACAAAAUCUACCCGAAAACAAACACCACCUUGUUUCAAAAGUAGGACCUAUGUGGUGCCACAUCCCACCACUGAGAGAAGGAAACAGGCAUCCCUACCAGCUGGAAGCCUGCCUGGGAAACAUGGACCAUAUUCAAAAGAAACCAAAGAUUAUGAUGAGCGAAAACAUCAAAAAGCUAUUAGCAAGCCCACUGACAACUUGCGCUGGGACACCCUGCAUUGUAAAGCUAUCAGUCCAGUCAUCAUCCAUCCUGAGCAUUGCCAGAGGCUCCAGCUCCAUAAGGAGCCAGAGAAUAACGAAAAGACAACUAGAGUCAAAGAACAACAAGGAACCCCAUUCAGAUUCCUCCCCUACAGGAAACCGACCCAUGUACAGGAACAUUUCCCAGCAAACACUGUUCAUUAUUGCAAGAACAGGCCUCAACUCUCCCAGCCUGCCCAGGCCUCCAUCUUCAACACCAAACCCUACAAAUGUAGUAAAUGGAAGGGGUCUGUGCCUACAGGGCUGCCCUUAAAGAAGGACAUAGCAAAGUCUGAUAUGCAUAACACCAUCAAGAAGGACCUUGGUGUGGGGGCACAAAAGGUGCCUGGCACUGCAAGCAGCAGCCCUGGGAAGGAGGUGAGACCCAAGAAACCUGCACUGAGGACAGAGAAGGUGUCCUCCAUGAAACCUGCUGGGCACUAUUCCCUGCCUGAGGCAAAGACAGCAUCAAAUUUCACAGAGCUUCCAGUGAAACAAAGGAGACCAUAUCUGCAGAUGCUUGUGGCAAGGGAUCUGACCCCACCUGGAGUUCCAGCCUCAAACCUCCCCCAGGUUGUGUAUCCCUCCUCGCCCAUCUGCAAUUCCAAGGCUGCCAGGGUCCUGGAAAAAUUGCAUCACCAGGAUCCAGGAGGGACAAGGAUAAAAAGUGCAUCAGUUGCGAGGCCAGAGAGAGCUGAGUUUAUACACUCACUUCCAGAGGCUCAGGAGACCCACAGAGCCCCUCCAUUUGCUGCCAGCCAUGGGGCCACAAAGUCUCAUCUAGAUCCAUUGCCAAGAUACCUGAGUGUUCAGAGACCUGCUUGCUACUUCCAGGCAGCAAAUCCCCAACAGAUCAGGACUCUCUGGGGCACUGGAAAAGGCAGUCUGAAGCCAAGUACCAAUCUCAAAAUGGCCAAGCAUGCACCACAGAAGAACUUUCAGGAGGUGGACUCACGACAUCGCCCAUGGUGUAUGACAAUGGAAGGCCCUGGACAAAGGGUCCUACCUUCAGGAGCCAAACAAACUACAGUGGAGGUGAAAGAAGAGCCACCUCAUGCAUGGAGAGUGAGUCUGGGAUCCAGUGAGAGUCACAUUGGUAAGCAUAUCGAUAUCAGACCCAGGGACUUUGGGUCAUUAUGGGCCAACAGACUCCCAGCCCAUCUACAAAUACCUACCUCCCAACACUCACAGGACUCAAGUGAGAGUAUUUUUAGUUCAAACCACCAGCCAAGAGCCUGGCCUGUGAGUCACCAUCCAGUUGGCCCCAGUAGAGUCAUCCCUGCUGAUGUCAACUUGCCUUCAAAGGACUCUCUGCCCAGUUUCCAGAAUACAGUCCAAAACACCAAGCCUUCCCAGGGCUUAUGCGAUGUCCUCAUGAGGAGACACCAGAGGAGUGAUACUCAAGAGAACAGGGUCCUAGCUGAUAAGAUCAAAGUUUGUGAUCAUGAUGGGGUCCAUCCCCAUGUAGAGAGCCAGAGUAUAAAAUCUAGGGCCAUACGCCUGGCAGAAAGGCUUGAAGAAAUAAGGCCUUCGAUCCUGAGCUCCAUAAAGCUCAAGGAUACAGCCAAGUCUAGGAUAGCAGAAAAAGGAGAGGCUACUUCUAAUACCUCUCGGAAGAACACCUUACUUAAUAAUUUACUAGAAAGAAACCUCAGCAAAAAAUACAGUGAGCAAGGGGAUUCUUUAAGGAUUGAUCAACCCACACCAGCUGCUGAGCAGACAAAAGUCUUAACCAUUAAAAUGGUCAUCUACAGAAUGAUAGCUGCACUGAAAUCCCUUGUGGAUGUUCUGUUCCAGAUCUUGGAGGACAGUGAAGGGGACACAUCAGAGGUACAAGGGAGUGAAGUGGAAUCACUGACAACCCAGCUGACAUCCCACUCUUCUGAGAGUCUGUAUGACACAAACUAUAGCAGACCAGCAAGCAGGCGGAGCUGUGGCCAUUCCACCUCUGAGAUGCAUAACUAUUCUUUGACAUAUAGAAGAAUGGGAGACAAAUUGCAGUCAGGGAUUAAAGCCCAAAGAGCCUGUGACCCAUAUAUGAACCAAGAGAUGAGAGGGAUGUGCUUUGACCAGCUCCACAUGCCCAAGGGGAAAGAACUUCCAUGUGAGUACAGGAGAAAUGGAGCCAAGCAGGAGCCAGGUCUUGUUGCCCAGCAAGCCUCUGACUCUAGGUAUACCUUGCAGAAUAGGUUAAGGAGCAGGUGGCUCAGGCCAUCCAUGCCUUCCCACACCAGGAUCUUCUAGAAGAUGUCCCAUCUUGCCAGCCAUUGUCCUAGUAAUAAACUUGGUUUUCUCCCU